AUGAGGUGGGAAAAAGAAAGGUCCAACUUGAUGACGAGUAUUUUCAAUUCACAUCAGUCUAGGAUAAUAGCUCUAAUAAUCACGUUCUUCACGACUCUCUUCACUCUAAGUGUAUUCUUCUACCUGUCGGUCAUUCCUUCCGACUCGCUCGAAUCGGAUUACUACUCAGAUGAGUCUAGCGGUACCGACCAUUACAAUUAUCACCAUGGUGCCGAAGCUGGGUUUUGGGGUAAUUACAAUAAAGCUAAUCUGGAAGAAUGGAAGAUAUGGUUAGGUCUAAGUGAUGGGAGAGAUAGGAAAACUGAAGCGAAGAAAAUCAGGCAAUUGAGUGAAUUAUUUGAUCAGAGGUUUAACAUCACCGAAAAACGAUUUGCUAGAACACUGAAUGCCCCCGCCCUAGAGAGGUUAGCACAUUGUAUAGAAACCAAUAACUGUGGUAAAGACGAAGAGAAAGUGGUUAUACUGGCUUCAUUUCAUUUCAAUAAUGCUAUGACGGGAGGUACGAGCGGUGAAGAUAUCUGGGCUAAAUCAACAUUGGAAGCAUUCACUUCAUUAAAUUACACUUUAUUAUACGCCUUCGAAUCUAUGGAUACUUUAACUUUGUAUCAGGGAUUAAGCGAUAAAGUCCAAACGGUCUUAUGGGAAGGUAAUCAAUUAGACGCAUGUGUCAAACGGAACUCGACAAAUUGGGAGACAUACGAAAAUGAUCAUACUUCUGGUAAAUUUCAAAAUACAACUUCGCCUAAAAAGUUCGGAUGUAUCAAAACGACGGAUUAUCAAGAAGGUAUACCGUUAGAGAAAAGUUUCACAUUUCAUUUCUGGCAGGGUCCCGCCAAUCCGUUGGGAAGACAAUUUACGUUGAGUCCUGAGAAUUACUCUUUGUCUAAUAAAGGUGGAGAAGGAAAUCAUUAUCUGGGCUAUUCGAUAGAAUCUCGAUGUAAAGCCGUUUCCCUCCCUUCCUCACGGCAUCAUCGAGGAAUGGCCUUGGGCAAAUAUGCCAAAUAUUUUAAUACAUCUUCCUCAGAGUGGGUAUGGGGUAAAGAAGAUAUCCUUGGGAAAGCGAUUUCAUCCAUGCCGGUAUCCGAAGAGACCGGUGAAAAGUUUGAAAUGAUAGCGACAGGUGGACACGAUGAUGACAAAACUGGUAAACAUGAAGAUAUGUAUAAGGGGAUCACGAAUUUGGGUAAAUUACCUCAACAGGAAUGGUAUCAGACUUUAGCAUCUAGUAAAUUCCUAUUGGGUGUGGGUAAACCUAACAUGUCACCGUCGCCAUACGAUGCGCUAUGUUUCGGUGUACCAUUCAUCAACCCAAUCAUGUCGUGGAACCAUUCUGAUCCUGAGGAUUGGACGAAAUGGCAUACCCAGCAUGACGCGUUGAGACCUUAUGGCGCACCCUAUGUCUAUCAUGUCCAACGAGAGAAUGGAGAUCAGCUGAGAGAAGCUAUGCAAGCUGCUGUGGAUAAUCCAAUCACCAGUUACAUACCGCCCCCAAUGACGAAAGAAUCAGUCAAGCAGAGACAUCGCACGUUGGUGGAAACGGAUUGGAAACCUUUUGCUCUGGCUGCUGUGAAAGAGUUAUACACUGACAAGGACAAAGAGUUCCCUUAUCUUAUAGUAUAG